AGGAAUGGAAGGGGGAGAGGAGAGGGGACGAGGAGGAGGCAACAACUGUCUGGAAGUAUCUUGCAACUGCGGCCUGGAUGGCGGCACACGGUCCAGACCCGAAGAAUUUGAAGUCAGUAUUUCUCUUGCGUGCGAAGAGUAGACAUAACAACCCUUUACUCCCCUCCUUCAGGUCUUUGGGAACAUGUAUACUGCAGCGUCAGGAGGAUUAUAGAAGGCCUAGAGAGAAAAUAAACUGAAUUAUCCAUCACAAAGGGAAGGAAGCAAACUUUGACAUCAACGAACACUUUACAAACUCCCGAAGAGCCAGUGUUCGAACACUUUGAAUAAAGAUUCAUAAGGAAAAGUUACGAACUGAUUUCAAACACGUGACGAAAAGAUCGCAUGACUGCAGAUGCUCAAGCGAUCGCCGAGAUUAUUCCAUUCGGCGUCCGAGACCCAGAUGAUGCAGCCAAAACCUCGUUGAAAGAAUGCAAUCUCACAGCAUUGCAUCAGACGUACAAUGGAUCCAUCCUUGAAUAAACUGGGGAAAGGCAAAAAUACAGGGACGAAUUAAGGAAUAAGAGGCAGAGAAUAGAACAUUUUGGAAAAAAGACAGGAUAUGUUUUUUUCUUUUUCUUUUUUCUUUUUUUCCUUUUUUGAAAAUGUAAACUAAAGGGAAAACGAGCCAACGAUGGUUGGCGGACGUGGGGAUUAGCACCGAGUGAAGGAGAGAGAGAGAGAGAGAGAGAGAGAGAGAGAGAGAGAGAGAGAGAGAGAGAGAGAGAGAGAGAGAGGAGAGAGGGAAAGAGAAAAAAAGAGAAUGCUUGUUUGAAAGGCAGACGAAUAUUUGUUAGAUAAAGAAAAAGUGACAGACAGAUAGAUUGAUAGAUAGGCAUAUAUAGAUAAAUAGACAGAGAUAAAUAAGUAGAUAGAUAGAUAGAAGAGAGAGAGAGAGAGAGAGAGAGAGAGAGAGAGAGGGAGAGAGGAAAAAGUAACAGAAAUGAGACCAGUUCAAAUUGAAAGACAAUAAAAUGUGCGACGACAAACGGACAAAAUGCAGACAUAAAAUGGAGUGAGAGGAAGUAAAAGCGAAAGAAAGACAUGAAACACAAAGCAUAGAAAACGAAGAAUUUCACACGGAGAAAAAUAAAGAAAAAGAAAAAGAAAACAACCAGAACGAAAUCAAGUGACAGAGAAAAAAAAAGAAAAAAGAAGGUAAAAUACAAAACCAGAAAUAAAAAGAAGACAGCGAGUGAGUAGGAAGAUAAGACAAUAAAACCAAAACAAAGAACAAACAAAACAAAAACAGAGGAACCAAACACGCAAGAAACACAGCGAUAAUACCUAUCUAAAAAGAAGAGAGAAGAAAGAAGAGAAAGAAUCAGACCAAAAUGAGUUACGAAGAGAUCCGCUGCGGCUGCUUCUGGGAAAACCUCCCUUACUGCGCCCGAGCGCUGGGCGUGGCGACGGCUGUGGUACUAUGGGGCGUUGGCGUGGACAUGGUCUACCAUCAUCACAACCUUGGAGCUUAUAUAUUGAUGUUCUCGAUCACGCUUCUCUUCCUUGAGAUCACGUGGGUUGUCACUCUCUUCCUCACUGUGUGCGUAAGGAACGAGAGCAGCAGGGUGUUCGCAUGCUGGGGCGUCGUGCUGUGGCUGGACACGUGGAAGAAGGCACUCCUGUACUGGACCUUUGCCUCGCUCUUGCUCAUCAAGCCGCAUACCCUCUGGCUUACUGGUUUCAGGCGGUAUGCUCAUAGGCCUAGGCUUCCUCCACCUCCUGCUGGUGUACAAGAAGAAGCUGGAAGCGAAGGAAGCCCUGUUGGAAGCCAAGGAAGAUUCCUAUGACAGGUACGAAGAGGAGGGCGAACCGACAGUGCCAGAGAGUGCCAACAACAACACAGACUCCGACACGGCCUCCAACCACGACUACAUUCUCCAGGUUUAAGACACUUCAUGCAGCGCGAAGAUGUAGAUAUGUAGUUACGACCUCAUCUUCCAACCUUACGACCACACUCUCCGCUAUCUACGAGCAUAUUCUGCAAGGUUGCUACGUUUCUGCAACUUACAAUCAUGACAUUGCAAUCGGACAGGAGCGAGUAUGAUUCCCUUGCAGGAAGGUGUCGCGCGUCCAUUUCACAUUACACAUAAAGCUUCAUCCGUAUUUAGAGAGUAAGUGAAAUGUGGUGCGGAAUACCGUAGAGUCGUGUGCUCCUUUCAUUUUAUUUUUUCUCUCUUUUUUUUUAUCAAGAUGGAUUUUACUCAUAUGCAUUUUCACGUGGUAUUCAAUCUAAUUCACUUACGAAUUAAAGUUAAGUAUUUUCAACGCUGGCAUUAGAAUUGGCAUGGAAGUUCAAUAUUGUUAUUCACGACUCCAUCAAUUAGACACGAAGCAAGAUUAAAAAGGAGUAUUAUCAUAUUCAUAUGAUGCUGCGAUUCCCUAAUGCAAAUGAAAAUGCAUGUCACUUUUUCCUCUGAAUUUCCAACAUCAGAUGAAGCGGCAACUUUUAGCAUGUAUAUAAUGAAAAGCAGAUUUUUAUUGACAAAACACCUGCUGUCAAAUGGAUUUGUUUACUCCUUCAUUUACAUUUACAGCAAAGGUGUGCGAGAGAAAGAGACAGGGAAAGAUUGCGAGCGCACAAGAGAGUGGGAGUGAGAGGAAUAUAAAGAGAGAGAGAGGGGGGGGGAGAAGACAGGAGAGAGACCGGCAUGAAAAAAUAGACAAAGUGAAGGAGAAAAGGAGGAAACAGGAUGAAUAAAAGCAACCUAACAGAUAUUUACAAGUGAAAAACAACAACUUGACCUGUCUAGAGCAAAAGAGAGCAGAGAGAAAGACCACGUGGAUGCGAAAGAUCAAACAGAGAAAAGAAGUAGUGCCAAAAAUGAUAGGAAUAAUUACCACGUUUUACAGAAAACUUUUUCAAAGUUAAACUGGAUACUGAACCAAAAUAUUCAAGUAGUUAGGCCAGUAUAUAGAGGUCCGGGUCGUAUAUACAUUUUUGUGUCAACACCUGUAAAUAUUUCAUAUGAUAUAUAUGUAUCAAACGGUGUUAAGACCUAAAGAGAAUGUACCUUUAAAUGUAUAACUAUCCGGAAUAUAGACUAACAUCUCCUAAAAUAAGUAUAGAAUGAAAUCUAUGUAGCUUACAGGUAAAUGAGACAGGAUUAUAAGUAAGUAUGUUUACACCAUCACAGUGGUUAGCAACAUAUCGAAAAAGAAAGCUAAGUAAUAAUAUCGUUUCAAGCCUACUAAAUGCCAGUUAGAAAAUACAGUAUUGUGAAUAUAUAUAUACACAUGCCCGGUAUAUGCUAUAGAUAUUUCAUUUUAGCUUCAGCCAAUCAAAACUCGAAGUUAAGAGAGUUAGGUUAACUAUCUGUGAAAUGAUUGGAUAAUACGGAGAUGUGCUGUCUACAGUGGACAUUUGGUUGCCAGAUGUCAGAGGGUUUUUUUCGGUCUUCUCUCUUUACUUUGUAUUGCCAUUUAUUCUGCGUAGUUUGUAAUUCAUAGUACCCAGUGUGAUUACUACAUUAUUUACUAUUCAUACAGGCAAAUAAAGGAUAUGUGAAUA